UUAAUGUUGAAUCGAUUGUGACGAUGCCAGUAGUGCUCGUCCUAUUACACUGUGCUGCUGUGGUUCCCAACUUCUCGCAUCCAGAUAUUAACUCUAAGCUAAAAAAAUAGUCGACUUAUUCUAUUUUGAGUGUGUCCCGCGUUCAUUACAUUUCCGUCUGGCGUUUCUAAUCACGCCCCCCACCCCAACCCCACCUCACCUUUUCUGAUUGUUCGGGGUGGGACAGACGCGGGAGAAAAUGGAGGUGACAGGAGCUGCAGGAGGAGCGACAACCCAAGACGACUGCUGCGCCGACGACAUACCCCAGCAGAUGUACGUCCAGGUGGAGCAACGUCCACCUGUCCCGGUGUCGACCAGGGGCGACGAUUCACCCACCGGCGCUGCCGCUCCCUCAACCGGCCGCUAUGUGGUCACAGUGAAGCUGGAAUGCCCCGACUCUCAGGUCAUCACUCAAGCCUGGACGCUGGCCACGUCCGCUGGCUCGCUCAAGGAGCGUCUCUCCCGCAUGGUCGAACUGCCCGUCGGCACUCUGCACCUCAUUCACGGCGGUAAGGCCGUCCAGGAUCACGUCACGUUGGGCGAGCUGGGCGGUCGAGUCAACGAAACCAUUUCUCUGUCGCUGCGCUCCGUCGAUCCUGUGGCUUUUCCCAUCCGCAUCAAGUCCUCCCUUCCGCCGGAAGAUCUCAUGCCGCUGCCGGACGUCAUCACCGUCCGCAUUCACACCAAAAACGCUCCGGAUCGUGACCUGGUGGUGGAAAUUGAAAAUCAAAGUGUCUGCCAGCCGUUUCUCGGCGGAUGGCGGCGGAAGAACAACGGCGUCUGCUACUAUCACGCCGAGACUCAAACGGAUUACACGGUCGGCCCGGACGAUCGCCUCCGCAUCUUGACACCAGGUCCCAGGAGCAAGGACUGCCAGGUGGCCACAAUCCGCGACAAUCACACGCAGAGCUCAUCCAGCGUUUCGUGCCAAGUGCGCGGCUUCGACUGGAACUUGUCGUCACGAGACGACAGUCUCAACGCGACCGGACGAUUCGUGGCCCCCCUGGACGACGUCGACAAAUCUCGUAGGGUCAAGCGUUGCGAUCCUGGGGAGAAUCCUUACACUCCUCGACCUUGUUCCGUGACCAGUUCGCUGGCCGAAUCGAUCGACAACAAUAAUCCGGCCAUCGAGCCGGUGGAGGCUCUCAUCAUCCGUUUUGGCGACGUCACAAUCGAGAAGAACCGCAUCAACGAGGUCGACAACCAACUUGACAACCACCGAAUCAUUUUCCACGAAAUCGAAAUCCUCAACUCGACCAAAUCGUCGGCCGUCAAGGAUCGAAUUCUACGGCGUCUGUUGCACAGGAUAUCGCAACCGAAAGUGUGGAGGUCGUCAACAGGUGCCAUCGUCGAGGUGGACACGGUCGAAAUUGAAUAUCUACGUGAAAUGCGGCUCAUGUACGAGGCCGUUUGCAAUUCGACCUUGACCGAGGAACGCGUGCGAGCAUUGCACCUUUUGAAACGAACGCUUUGGAAGAAGAGCGGACCGUUAGUCAAGGAACUCCUCCAGUUGGCCGAUCGUGAGCUGGACCUGCUGGCCAGAGGCCUCAUGUCUUCAGCGUUGAGCGGACUCCAAUCACGACUCCGGGCUCUUUUGCGCCAUUUCAUCACCGAGCAACUGCCCCAGCCCCCGUGUGUUUAAUACCUGAAGGAAGAAUUUUAACUUUAAUAAUAAUUAUCUCGGCUGUCCAUAGUCAAUAAGAUCAUUCCAUUCGUUUUGCGUGAAAUCCUUUUUAAAAACAAAUCGUGUCACACUCGUUUCGACUAGCAAAAAUUGACCUGUUUGAAUAGCUCACCUGUAAUAUGCUGGCGGGAACAAAUAAAACUGAAAUCAACUCAAAAAAA